GAGCUACAGGGGCCCCUGACAUCUCCCCUAGAGGAGGAGCCGCCGCUCUUCUGCGGGCAGCAGCAGCAGCAGCAGCAGCAGCAGCAGCAGCAAGAUAGUGAGCCGUUUGCUGCCAACUACGGACACAGUGAGCCAGAAGAAACCGCGGCAGACAUGCCAGCAGCACCCAUAACGGAAGCAGCAGCAGCAGCAGCAGCAGCAGCAGACACGGCUGAACACCAAGGGGACGCAGGAACGCAGCAAGCAGCAGCAGCAGCAGCAGCAGCAAGCUGCAGCAGUCCCGUUCGUGCCCUGUCUCUAACUAGCCCUUUGAGCACCUCAGCGUCCUGUUGCAUGCCUGCGACUGCAGCAGCAGCAGCAACAGCCGCAGACGCUGCAGCAGCAGCAACGGCAGCAGCGCCGCCACGCCGAAAUGCGUUGGAAGCUUCAGGCCCUUGGAGUACGUUCGCUGCUUUGUGCUCGCCGCGAGCAGCAGCAGCAACAGCAGCAGCUGCUGCGCCCGCAGCAGCAGCAACAGCAGCAGCAGCAGGGCCGAUUUUGUUAGUGCCAUCGGGCUCUCAGCAAGUGUGCGCCGCUGGGCCUGCUGUUGUCCGUUCUGCUGCUGCUGCUGCUCCUGCUGCUACUGAGGGCACCUGUGUGGUAAGGAGGCGCAGCAGAAUGUGCUUUGCAGCAGCAGCAACAGCAGCAGCAGCAGCAGAUGGCAAACAGAUAAGGAAGCAGCCGCAGGGUUUCGCGUGGAGGCCGCGGCUGCAGCAGAAGCUGCUGUUGCUGGCAGCACUUGUUACUCCCCGUCACAGGCGUGCGGAGCUGCUGCAGCAGCAACAACAACAGCAACAGCAGCAGCAGCUGCGAGAGCAGCAGCAGCAGCAGCAACAGCAACAGGAAACGGGCUCAGGACACCCCCGCAGGUGGACCGUCGACGGCCAUUUGCUGCUCGAGGCGAACGAAAUAUCGCCGGCGCCUCGCAGCAGCAGCGUCAGCGGCAGCAGCAGCAACAGCAGCAGCAGCAACAGCAGCAGCAGCAACAGCAGCAGCAGCAACAGCAGCAGCGGCAACAGCAGCAGCAGCAACAGCAGCAGCGGCAACAGCAGCAGCAGCAACAGCAGCAGCAGCAACAGCAGCAGCAGCAACAGCAGCAGCAGCAACAGCAGCAGCAGCAACAGCAGCAGCAGCAGCAACAGCAGCAGCAGCAACAGCAGCAGCAGCGGGAGCGCUGUGCUUUCUUCAGGCGUUCUGUGGCCUGUAGCUCCUGCUGCCUCUCAUGCAGCGCCGGCCGCUGCUGUUCCUUACAAGCUGUCGCCCCGCCAGCAGCAGCAGCAACGGCAGCAGCAGCAGCAGCAACUGCUGCUGCGGGACAAACUCUACCAGCAGCAAAUACAGCAGCAGCGACUUUGUGCUUCACAUGCAAAGGCCCACAAGCGGCAGCAGCUGCUGCUGCAGAUGCUUCCACCGCCGCAAAGGCAGCCCCAGACAGCUCAGCAGCAACAGCAGCAGCAGCACGUGCCUCCGGAAGCAGCAGCGGCAGACGCAGCAGCAGCAGCAGCAGAAGCAACAGGAGCAGCUGCUACUUCUUUUGUCCGCCGAGCAGCAGUUGUGCCACGUUUAGAUCUUUCUUCUGUCUGUGGGGCCCGCAGCAGAAUGCAGCAGCAAGGAAGCAGCAGCUUAGCAGCAGCAGCAGCAGCAGCAGCAAGCGGCCCAAGGGAAGUUGAUGAUGCUGCAGCAGCCCCCCCUGCUGCAACAAGCAGCACUUGCGCCUGCGGCAGCAACCAUACGCACAGAGCACAGCAGCAGCAGCAGCAGCAGCAAACGAAGGAGUUGACCUUCUCAGGCUCUGCAGCAGAUGCAGCAGCAGGUGCAGCAGAAGAUGCAGCAGCAGCUACAGCAAUAACAGUUGCUGCUGCUACGACUGUGUUCGCACCAGAAGGCAUGCAAUCAGCAGCGAAAACAGAAAUAGCCGCGGAAGCAGUAACACGAGAAGCAGCAGCAGCAGCAACAGCAGCAGCAGCAGCAGCAGCAGCAAGCCCUGUAGACUGCGGCUGCUGGGAUGGCUGCGACGAGCCUCUUCGCGCUAUUUGGCGGAUCUUUGAUAACCUGAAGCAGCUGCUGCAGAAGCAGCAGCAGCAGCAACAAUGGAAGCAGCAACAACAACAGCAGCAGCAGCAGCUGCAGCUGCAGCGCAUGCAGGCGCCGUGGCAAGUGCCAUGGCUCCCCUUGUCAGCUGCUGCUGCUGCACUUUGUGCCUGUCCAGGGCAUCACCGACAGCAGCAGCAGCAGCAGCAGCUAGACACGCAGAUGCAUGCGCUGCUCGCUGCUCUUGUUGUCUCUCUGCUGCUGCACGAAGCUCAGCACGAGCCUAGAGACUUACCUGAAACAGCGCAUGACAGCCAAGCAGCAGCAGCAGCAACAGCAGCAGCAGCUGCUGCUGCUGCUGGGGGUGCUGCUGGCAGCAGGGGCAACGUUCGCACCUGCAGCAGCAGCACAGAGAGCGCAUGCACCCGUUUGCUGCUGCUGGCUGCUGCUCCUUUUGGGGAGCAGCACCUGACAGUCGAUGAGCUGCUGGGCACCCUGC